UUUCACUGUAGACUCUCGGGGCUCUGCUUCCCAUGCCUUGAUAAACUUAGUGCUACGUCACUUCCUUUAUUGGCGCGUCGCUAGUUUGCGGAAGCAAGCGAUAGAAUAACAGUAAUGAGCAGCGGAGAUAGCAAUCCUGCAGCCACCCCCACCCCCUGUGAUGACAUACACGGUGAUGGACGAUGGAUAUCACUGCACAAUCGUUUUGUGUCAGACAGUAAAGGGAAAGAACCGGACGUGCUCUUUGUUGGAGACUCUCUUGUCCAACUAAUGCAUGAGUUUGAGGUGUGGAGAAAUCUGUUCUCUCCACUCCAUUCUCUGAAUUUUGGGAUUGGUGGUGAUGCAACACAGCAUGUCCUAUGGAGACUCACUAAUGGAGAACUGGACCAUAUCUGCCCCAAGGUGGUAGUGUUGUGGGUGGGCACUAAUAAUCAUGGCCACACCCCUGAGCAGAUCUGUGGAGGCAUCAUGGCCAUCGUAAACGUGAUCAACAAGCACCUUCCUCAAACUCACGUUCUUGUACUGGGUGUUUUGCCCAGAGGCAAGAGUCCGAACCCACUGCGAGAGCGCAAUGCGCGGGUGAACACCCUGGUGCAGGCUGAGUUGGCAUCUCUCUCCUAUGCCUCACUUCUGGACGUGGAUCCUGGAUUCGUCCAAUCAGAUGGCUCAAUCUCCCACCAGGACCUAUACGACUAUCUCCACCUCACUGCACAGGCCUAUCAGAAAGUGUGUCAGCCGAUAUACACACGCAUUAAAGCUCUGUUAGAAACACACACACCCUGAGUGCAGAGAAGACAAAGAAGUCUUCAUACACUAUUGUAGACAUGUAUCCUACAUACAGACAUUAUCAACAGCAACAAAAAAACAUGCACUUACAUUAAUACUGUUACGGACCAACAUGUCACAAUUUACACUAGAUAUAGUACACUAUUAACACCUAUACAUACACAGACCACUCCAGGCCAUUUCAUUUAUUGAUCAGUUAAUACAUUACACAGCUGAUCUGAUCAUUGAUUUCACUAGAGUGAUGCUUAAUCUACCAUAACAAAAAACUGCCACUUUAUAUGUUAUAUUUGUUGACCCCAAGCAAAACAAUUUUUCAGGAAACAAUGUUAGCUUAAGUAUAUGGAAAGUUCAUGAACACUGCACAGGUAACGAAACAGUGCGUUGUGCCGAGCAUGAUUGAAGUCAAAGCUCAAUGAAUAAACACAACUUUUCUGUUUCGGCGCUCACAGUGAGCCUCCUCCCACAUAACAGUGGUUAGAAAAUACAUGACCAUGGUGAAGUGUUUGCAAAAUGGUUGAAAUGCAUAUAAAUUGAACUUAUUUUUUUUUUCCUGAAAGCACUUCUGAUUUCUUAUUUUUUGUACCAUGUUUAUGUUGGUGUGUCUUAAAUGCAUAGAAAGCAUUAGGUAGUAUCUGUCUCCUGGCUGUAUGUCUACUGUAUGUUAGAACCUGUAAAUAUAAUCUUUUCUUUACUGCAAACUUAAACAUUAAAGUAAAACAAACUUGGCAUGCAUACAUAACCCUUUGGCAUCUGACAGUACAGUUUUCCAAAUCCUGUCUAUAAGAAUAACUGCCUUACCUUUGUUUAGUGUUUUUCUUGCUCAAACAGAACUGUUACAACUAUAGAAAAGUCACAUUCAGCUGAUAAGAUCGAUCAAAUGCAUAUGAACAAUGAAAAUGUUAAACACUAUACUGUGACCUGUAAAUAACUCUUUUAUGAGUGAUUCCAAUUGAUGAGAAUGUAGUGUGAUCCUACUUAUUCUCAACAUCCUGUCCUGUGUCGUUAAUACAGAGGCCUUUGGUCACUUUUCAAGCCUGUUGGCCUGUAAAAAAAUAAUAAAAUAAAAUUCUUUAGAGCUUCCAUCAAUAAUUCUGAGGGCCAAAUCUGUGACUUAACACUGCGAUAUGUAAAUGUCUUCUGUUUUAAAAUGCUGGAUUAAAACCAUGGACUCAACCAACUGGGUGUCUUAAUUGAUAUAUACAGUAUGAGAGGAGCUAGACUAUUCCUUCCCAGUGAAACUAAAAGACUAAGCCAAAAGCAUGAUAGGACAAGGCAUCUUUAUAGUAAAAUCACAUCCAGGAAAUUCUAUUCUUAUCUGGAAGAAGACUGAUGUGCCUGAACAGCUUGAAAUUCUAGUAUAUCUGUACAUCUCGACAUGUCAAAACAACCAGCAAAUGAUUCGCAUAUGUAUUCAGUUACUCAGUUCACUCUAGCUUCAACUAAAUAAAUGGAUAAAUAAAUAAACUUUUACUAACUCUUGGGCAUGUCUAGCUGCGAACAGGUGGUCUUUUUUUUCUUGUACAUCAUUGAAGUAUUAAAGAAUGUUCAUGGCCAGUGAUGUUCAACGCUUUGUUUUUCGUUUCUGUGAGGUGAAUAAAGAUGUGAUUCCACAGA